AUGUAUCAACCCCUCCUCGUAAAAUCCUAGCGAUGUCACCAGGAUCCGAGUCGCAGAAUCUUCGACGUAAAGCUAUACUGGACGGCCUUGGAGAAGCUCGGGUAAAGCGUAUGCGGCUCGAAUUUAACAGCCUUGAGUCUUCUCAAAUUUCAGCGGAUGAUAGAGCGUUGAACCUAUUCAAAGGUCACGAAGAUGCCGAUCAAAACACUUCAGAACUGCUGGUCCCCACCGCGCACUCUUCGCCUCAGGGAUCUCCGCCCAUUUCGCACCCUGAGGACUCGGAAGGAGAACAGGAUUUUGAAGGAUACUGGGAUUCUGUAGAUGAGAUCUACCGUUGCAAAUCUUGCGGCCAUGAACUCUGGAGCUCUAGAGGACAAUGUACCGGAUGUUCCGCUGGAGAAGAAGUCCCAUAUUGCGAAGUUAUGGACCCUGAGCUUGGUCCAAGACCAACAAUAGCUCUCAGCGAAUAUGAAUUGGCCGACAACGUCACUUUUGAGGAAAGAGCUGAUCUGUUAGGCUCUUGCCUUGACUUUGAUUCGUCGGCAUACGAUUCUCAAGAUGAGAGGAAUUGUCAUGAAGACGAGUAUGAGAUCAACAGCUUCAUCGAUGACGAUAGCCCUCAAAACUCGGAAGACGGAAAUGAUAGUUCAUCCAGUGAUGGAGAGACGGACUACAAAGAAAAGUUCCGGCGGCUCCAGGCAACGCAUCAAACCCUCAUUGAAGAUUACGCUAAUCUUAUCGAUGAGCACGAAGAAUUGAAGCAGGACGUAUUAGGAUCUGAUUAUGACGGCUUCGAAGAUAUGGGCGAGGUCGAAGAAGAGGGCAUGGUAAUAGUCGAUGUCUCUCCACCCGACCCAGUCCUGGCCGAGCUCGUUCUCUCGCAAACAGAUACAGAAUCUCAGAACGGCUCUCAGGAUGCAUCUCGGGCAUCCGAGGCACCUGAUUCAUUAGUGGAAGAGCUUGUUCACCUAGGGGCAAAGGGACAUUCACAAGAAUCCGAGGUAUCAGCUGGGCGAGCUAAAGCUAGGGCUGAGGCUUUUGAGGCUGCCGUCGACGGACGCUGGCAUGAUAUCUCGAUGGUCUCGACUAAUGGUAAUCACAGCCGAGAGGAGGUUGAGCUGUAAGAGGGAAACUUGCGUGGCAUUUGCAUUGAAGGGGGCUCUCAGGGUCUUAUUCAGUCAUACAUUGAUGGGGCAUAUGGAACGAUGGACUGAUUUUUGCAGCAAGGUAUAUAUCCACCGGUGGUUUGCUCAGAGUCGCACGUUAUGCUAUUGUCAGGGAGUUUUGGGACAUGGAUGGAAGAUACCCUCGGGGAUUUGUUGUCAGCUUACUGGCUCGUAGUUGUGUUUACAAUAAAACAAUGGCUAUCAUCCA